AUGCUGAUAUACACUGUUAAUUACGGAGAUAUUUAUCACUGGGCAAGGCGCCCGCGCAGCCCCUGGGGCCGCGGCACCACGCCGCCGUGCCGGGCGCGCACCGUGACGCCCGAAUGGGCGCGCAGCUCUGCGCCGUCACUGCGCCCGAGGGCUCCGCUCGGCACCACCACCGGACGGGGGGCGGUGGCGGUGACGGCGGAGGGCGGCCCGGCCCCGCCUGCGUGCGGCCGGUCGGGCUGCGAGCGGUGGGGCGGCGACAUGGCGGCCUCCCUGGGGCGCGCGGCGGCCGGGCUUCUGACCAGACUGCAGACUUCAGUUCCAACAGUACGAACUUUAUUAUCAUCAAAUUCUGUUUCUCAAAACAUUCCAAGCUGUUUGUGGAAAUUGGGCCGACUUAAUCAUGUAGCAAUUGCAGUGCCUGAUCUGGAGAAAGCUCAGUCCUUGUACAAAGAUGUGCUAGGAGCACGGGUGAGCGAGACUGUUGCUCUUCCUGAACAUGGUGUCUACACUGUUUUUGUGGAGCUGGGAAAUACAAAGCUGGAACUUCUACACCCUUUAGGAGAGAAAAGUCCCAUUGCAAGCUUUCUGCAAAAGAAUAAGACUGGAGGAAUGCAUCAUAUCUGCAUUGAGGUUGAUGACAUAAAAGCAGCAAUGGCAGAACUGAAGAAAAAAAAGAUUCGAAUAUUGAGUGAAGAGCCAAAAAUAGGUGCACAUGGUAAACCUGUGAUUUUUCUUCACCCUAAAGAUUGCCAUGGAGUCCUUGUGGAACUUGAGCAAGCCUGAGCUACAAUAUUCAUAAAUAACACAAUAAAUGAGUUGUGAAGUUACUGAGCUGGUGCUGAGAAUACUGAUGUGCUAUUCAAUCUUUACAAAUUCGCUGUCGUUCCUGUGGAUUAAGUACAGCUUCUGAGCAGUAAGAUAGUGCUGCAGAUUUCUUUGUUCCGCAUUUGAUUUUCACAAUCAGUUGACAUUUCUUGAAUUCACUGUGAUUCUCAAGAUGUAUACCUAAGCCAAGUUGCAUUUAUAACAGUAAUUUUGUUCUGUUGCCUCCUGUUUUUGCCGCGUGGCUUUACUUCUGUAACCACAGAAACUGUACAGUUUCUAGGUCAUCCCACAUUAUUUUGUUCUACAUUUUAAAGCAGAGACCCAAUUCUCAGUGACAACAGUAAAAGCUUAGAUAGUCCCUCUAAAAAUAAAGGGAAAAGGAACAUCGUACUUUGUUUUCACCAUUCACUGUCUAUGCUUCAUACUGAUUGAUUGGUUCAUGCAAUAAAUAAAUCCAUAUGUUAUUGUA